AUGUCAGAAGAAGCAUUUGAUUCUGAAGAAAAUCAAGAAAAACGAAAAAAAAAAAGAGCCACAUCACCAUCCUCAAUUCAAGCACGAGAACUAGAAAGAUUGAUGCGUAGACCCGAUAGAGAAAUAGAUCUUUCAGCACCACUUAAGCCACCACUCCCACCUCCUCCAGAUAUCGUAAACAAUGUUCAAGGUUCAAGUGCUGGUGCCAGUUCAGGCGAAUUUCAUAUUUAUAAAGUCUCUAGACGAAGAGAAUAUGAACGGAUGAAAUUAUUAGAAGAAGAAAUAAAACAUGAAAUAAACGAACGAGAAUUUAACAUUGCAAGAGAAACGAUGAUAAAAAAAGAUGAAGAAAAAACAGCCAAAAACAGAGCACAAAGACAAAAACGUAAACAAAACAAAAUAAAUAAAAUAAAAAAUAUAAUUAAAAGUUCAGAAUUAAACAAAAAAAGGAGUUAA